GUGCGGCGAGUGUUACGGAUUUUACGGCGAGGGAAUAUAGACUCCAUAUUUACCCACCGCAUCUGUCUGACAGGGAGGGGGCCAGCUAGCCCACCACAAGGGUUUUGAACUUUUUUUUUCCCACCAAAAUACUUUUCACCACCAUGGAAACGCCUCCUCCUCCACAGUUUCAGCCACCGCAGCAGCCUCGAAAGCGCGGCCGUCCCAAGGGUUCAACCAACAAGAAGCCCAAACUCCGCGUUUCGCAGCUUCCAGCCACACCCGCCGCCGCCGCCGCAUCUACACCCAAAGCGCGGCCCGGCGCCCGCAACAGCAACGAAAUCGCAGCCGGGGCCUCUGAGCUCCUACCAGCUGCAUCAAUCUCCGAUGAGAAGUAUGAUCAGUGGAAGUCCAUUGUUCCGAUCCUCUAUGACUGGAUCGCCCAUCACAAUCUCGUCUGGCCUUCCCUUUCAUGCCGGUGGGGUCCUGUGGUUGAGCAGCACAGUGACAAAAUUCUCCAGCGGCUCUACCUGUCUGAGCAGACAGAUCAAUCAGCACCAAACACAUUGAUUAUAGCUAACUGUGAGGUGGUUCGAGCAAGAAUUGCUAGAGGAAGCCACCUAAAGAAUUUCAAUGUGGAGCCACACUCGCCAUAUGUCAAAAAGUACAAAACCAUUUUCCAUCCAGGAGAGGUGAACAGGAUCAGAGAACUUCCUCAGAAUAAAAACAUAGUGGCUACCCAUACUGAUGGUCCUGAAGUUCUGAUAUGGGAUGUUGAAGCUCAACCUAAUCGGCAAGGCGCUCUUGGAGUUGCUGUGUCAGUUCCAGAUUUGACAUUGACCGGACAUCAAGAUAAUGCUGAAUUUGCUCUGGGCAUGUGCCCUCUUGAGCCCCUUGUACUAUCUGGAGGAAGAGACAAAUCUGUUGUAUUGUGGAGUAUUCAGGACCACAUUUCAACAUUGGCCACUUACACACAGAAGGCUGCAGGAUCAACUGGUUCAUCUAUUAAAGCUGUUGGCAAUCCUUCUAUUGGAGCUCGUGGAAUCUUUAAAGGGCAUGAUGAUACUGUGGAAGAUGUUCAGUUCUGCCCUUCAAGUUCUCAGGAAUUUUGCAGUGUUGGGGAUGAUUCAUGCCUUAUACUAUGGGAUGCCCGAGUUGGUCCUACUCCAGUUUUGAAGGUUGAAAAAGCUAGUAAUGCAGAUCUUCACUGUGUGGACUGGAACCCUCAUGAUCACAAUCUUAUAAUAACGGGAUCUGCAGAUAGUUCUAUCUGCUUGUUUGAUAGGCGUAGUUUAUCUUCAAAUGGAGUGGGUUUGCCAAUUUAUAGAUUUGAAAAUCACAAAGCUGCAGUUCUUUGUGUGCAGUGGUCUCCAGACAAGUCAUCUGUUUUCGGGAGUUGUGCAGAGGAUGGUCGAGUUAAUGUCUGGGAUUGUGCAAAGGUUGGUGAGGAUGCUCAGGUACCUGUUGGCUUAUUUUUCCAGCAUGCCGGGCACAGGGAUAAAGUUGUAGACUUUCAAUGGAAUGCAUCUGAUCCAUGGACGAUUGUUAGCGUGGCUCAGGAGUCCGAAUCCUCAGGUAGAGGAGGCGGCACACUUCAGAUAUGGCGAAUGCUUGAUUUGCUAUAUCGGCCCAAAGAGGAAGCUUUGGCCGAGCUUCAAAAGUUCAAAGACCAUAUUUCCCAGUGUACUUCCACCAACCCCCAGUAGUCCUGAUUCCUGAAGAGACAGACACAUUGGUACGCGCAAUACCUUAGCUAGGGUAGCUGCCCUUCAGGUUUUAGUGUUCAACCCUGAAAUUCUCUAUACAGGUUGCCAUA